UGACAGUCAGCUGGGAGUCCGUAACACUCACAGACGAGGAUAGCAAACAACAUGACACGACUGUUGCCACGGCUCAGAAACUUUCAUCUACAAUGCCCGUUGUUUUAUGACACUACUACGUGUUUCUUAGGGAGGCAGUUUCAUAUUCAGACGCUCACUCAAAACAAAGGCAAGCUAGAAAUGACUAUGAACACGUUUACACUAUCGCCACCACGUCCUCUUUAUUCGGAUGCAAUGCAAGUUACAGAUGCCUCCGCUAUCUCCCCAUCAAAGAAAGCAAGGCUAGAAACAAAGCCUGCAGAAGAAAGACCUGUCCUCAGAUUUGCAAAACUGACUGAGCAUGCAACGAAACCAACCAGGGGCUCAACUAAAGCUGCAGGAUAUGACCUCUACAGUGCCUACGACUACUCAAUUGGUCCCCUGGAUAAGGCCAUUGUGAAGACAGACAUUCAGAUAGCAGUUCCUCAUGGCUGCUAUGGAAGAGUGGCACCGAGAUCCGGACUGGCAGCCAAAAACUUCAUUGAUGUUGGCGCUGGAGUUGUAGACGAAGACUACAGAGGAAAUGUGGGAGUUGUGCUCUUUAACUUCAGCAAGGAAACAUUUGAGGUGAAAAAAGGUGACCGAGUUGCUCAGCUGGUUUGUGAGAGAAUCUGUUACCCGGAUCUGGAGGAGCUGGAGACACUUGAUGAGACGGAGCGUGGUGCUGGAGGCUUUGGAUCAACCGGACGCAACUGAAGGCUCCAAUGGUUCAUGGAGUUAUGCUGUACAUGUUUUUAAAAUAUCUAUAAAAGUUUCUAAUAAAGUUUUUUUUCCUUUUUGUA